UUUCUCAAGCAAUUAGGUGUUGGCGUCAGUUGGCAAUUUGUUGAUGUUUAUGGUAUGGACCCAGAACUCCUCAGCAUGGUCCCACGGCCUGUUUGUGCCGUUUUACUACUCUUCCCAGUAACUGAGAAGUAUGAACUCUUUAGGGCGGAGGAGGAAGCAAAAAUUAAAACGCAUGGUCAAGAUGUGAAUCCGUCAGUUUACUUCAUGAAACAAACUAUAAGCAACGCUUGCGGAACAAUAGGCCUUAUUCACGCUGUGGCAAACAAUCGGGAGAAGCUGAAUUUUGACGGUGAUUCUGCCUUGAAAAAGUUUCUUGAGGAUUCAGUUUCGCUAAGUCCAGAUGAAAGAGCCAAGUUCCUAGAGAGAGAUGAGAGUAUUCGGGUUACACACGAGAGCAGCGCCCAAGAAGGACAGUCUGAGGCACCAAGCAUAGAUGAUAAAGUAGAUUUGCAUUUUAUCGCCUUUGUAAACGUGCAAGGUCAACUAUAUGAAAUGGAUGGCCGAAAGCCUUUCCCAAUAAACCAUGGACAGACUAGUGAUGACACAUUGUUAGAGGAUGCUAUAGAGGUCUGUAAAAAGUUUAUGCAACGUGAUCCAGAAGAACUGAGAUUUACUGUGGUUGCUUUCUCCAAAGCAUGAUGAUAAUUUGGCUGCAAUACACCCAAAACUGCCAAGUGGUAAAACUGUUAAUUUUUAUAUUUCUCACAUGUGCAAACAGCUUACUGUACAUUAAUAAAAAUAUUUACUAAGUCUCGGA